AACAAAUCAACCACUAGUCAGAGAAGUGAAAACAAAAAGAAAAGAAAUUUCGUCGAAUUGGAGAAAAAAGAAAGCUUUUUUACUAUUUUUUCUCUUUUGUCAACUCAUUCACACCCAAUUUUAAACGGUACUGGUCCGAUCUCUAUCCAUCCCCUUUCAUCCUUAUUGUAUCUUUUCUUGUAAAGUACUCUCUUCUCGCUUCACACGCCAUUUUUUUUUUCUUUCUCCCUCCCUGACUUCGGUAAACUCCUGGAAAGAAGGUGUAUGAUUGUUUACACAGAUACUUGUAUAUAACUGAAAAAGAGGCAAAAAAGGGUUUGGCUUUUAAUUUCGUUUGUCGGUAUGGGGCUUUGUUGGUCUUCUUCAUCUGAUUCUCCUUCAACAACAACACCUAGCUCUACUGGUAACAUCAGUUCAGGUCCGUUUAAGUCAACGACUACGGGAACAUCAAGAAGUAACAUAUCUAGCAAUAGUGGAUUCUCUGCGGGAAGUGGCGAAGAUGCUUACCCUGAGGGUCAGAUACUUCCCAUUCCGAAUCUGAGGAUAUUCAGCCUCGCGGAACUUAGAGCUUCAACGAGGAAUUUCAAGUCUGAGAAUGUUCUUGGAGAGGGAGGAUUUGGUAAAGUCUUCAAAGGCUGGCUUGAAGAAAAGGGGCCAGGGAAUCACGUCACUGGAACUGUGAUUGCUGUCAAGAAACUCAACUCUGAAAGCUUCCAAGGAUUUGAGGAAUGGCAAUGUGAGGUGAAUUUUCUUGGGAGGGUUUCUCAUCCCAACCUCGUGAAGCUGUUGGGAUACUGCUUGGAAGGUGAUGAUUUGCUUCUGGUGUAUGAGUAUAUGCAGAAAGGAAGCUUAGAGAAUCAUCUCUUCCGAAAGGGUUCUGUUGUUCAGCCGCUCUCAUGGGAAAUAAGGCUAAGGAUCGCAAUAGGAGCAGCUAAAGGCUUAGCGUUUCUGCACGCUUCAGAGAAGCAAGUGAUUUAUAGAGACUUCAAAGCUUCAAACAUUCUUCUUGAUGGGUCAUAUAACGCAAAGUUAUCAGACUUUGGAUUGGCGAAAUUAGGUCCUUCCGCUAGUCAAUCUCACAUCACAACACGGGUUAUGGGUACACAAGGUUAUGCAGCUCCAGAGUAUGUUGCUACAGGUCAUUUGUAUGUAAAGAGUGAUAAUUUCGGGUUUGGCGUAGUUUUAGCUGAGAUCUUGACUGGUCUACGUGCUCUUGAUCCUACACGUCCUACCGGGCAACACAAUCUAACCGAAUGGGUCAAGCCUCAUCUAUCAGAAAGAAGAAAGCUUAGGAGCAUAAUGGAUCCUCGUCUAGAAGGAAAGUACCCUUUCAAAUCCGCUUUCCGAGUUGCUCAACUAGCUCUGAAAUGCCUUGAACCCGAACCCAAGAACCGUCCAUCGAUGAAAGAAGUGGUGGAAUCUCUCGAACUCAUUGUAGCUGCCAAUGAGAAACCGUUGGAGCGUAGGUCCACUAGAGCUUCCAUAAACGUAGGUCAUCAACAAGGCCAUUUUCGCCGGCAACAUCUUUCUUCAUUUCAACCUAGGCAAACAGCUGCUAGAGCUCACUAGUGUUGUUGUUUUGAACACUCAAGAUUCUUUUUCUUCUCUCUCUCUCUGGUUUUGUAUUCGUUAAUGAGGAAACUAUUCGCAUGUAUACUACAUGGAAACCAAAAGACAAGACAAGGUUGUAACUAGUAAUGUGUAGUGUUUUGCUGUGUGUAUUGUAAUUGCCUAAAUAGUUAAAUGAGAUCAAGAAAGUUUAAAACUCA